AUGGCAUCCAAUGUGGUGCCGAUGGCGAAGGCCAGAUCGGACCUGGACUUCAUCGCCUCGAAAGACCUGAAGACUGUCUUGAGUGGCCCUGUGCCGACGUAUGUCAACACCUUGUUCCAGGCGAUUCUCAGGUCCACGCGUCCAGGCACGAAAGCGGACAGUUGGCAGCAGAUUCGAGAGCUGCUGCAGGGAGAUGGAAACUUUAUAGCCGGCUUGCAAGCGUACGAACCGGAUCCGAGCGACCAACAUCGCAUCCGCGACAUUCUAUAUUCAGAGUUGGAGGUCACAUCGUUGACCACGGAGGUGAUGGCUCUGUUCUCCCCCGCCUGUGUCCUGCUCUUGCGCUGGUGCCACUCCUUGGGAGACUCUUGUGGCUGCCCGGAUCCAUCUUUCCCUUUGACGGAGGAGCACCUCCGCUCGGCGAAGGCGGAGGCACAGGCAGCCAGGGAUGAGCGGGCAAAGGCGGCGAAGGCGAUCUCCGACAGCGUCGAAGAAAGCUCCAAGGCCAAGGCGAAAGCCGAGCUCGGAGCCGAGCUCGGAGCCGAGACUCGAGGCCGCUUGGAGCUCGUCUCCCUUUUAUCGGGCGAGGCUUUGGUCUUGGAGGAGGCCCUUCCCACGUGGACCUAUAAGGACAUCGUCGAUCGCCUUCGGCCCAAGUUUCCGGAUGCUGGCAUCAUCUCCUUGUUCCUCAACGACGGCAGCGAGCCGAUGGAACGUUACACCGUGACGCUGCAGUCCGCGGGAGCUUGGGGAAGCGCUGGAGGGCAGCUGCACUACUCCGUUGCCUCGGCUGAGGCCUUUAUGGAGCAGGCAUCAGAGCGCCUUGGCCUAGGUGCCGAGGUCGAUGGCCUGAGCAGCCAGCUCCAGACCGCGCUGGCUACGGCACGUGCAGCGUUAGACACCUUGACCAAAGCGGAUGUGGUUGAAGUCAAGAGCUUCAUGAAGCCACCCGCUGUUUGCCGCCUUGUUCUGGAGGCGGUUGCGUUGUUGCUAGAGCAUCCAUACGACGAUUGGCCCGGCCUGCGCAGCAUGAUGAACGAUAAGACGCUGCUUCAGACAUUGCUCAGCUUGGACGCGGAACGAGUCUCGCCCAAGACUUUGGCUCAACUGAAGUGGUACAUCGACAAUCCUGAGCUGCAGGUUGCGUGGGUGGAAAGGAUCUCAAAGGGAGCAAAGUCGCUUCGUGCUUGGGUGGGGGCCGUCUAUGACUAUGCCGUGAUCAUUGCUCGCUUCAGGGCGUUGCAGAACACUGCAUGA